CCUAGUUUUGCUCCCACGCCCACAUGUAAUUUUUACCACUGUUCUUCAAUGUUAUGAUGCUUUUUUCUUGCUACUGUGCUGCGGCGAUAUUGAGUCGAACCCUGGUCCGAUGACACUGCGCUCUGGCACUGACUCUGAAUCAGACCAGCUGAAUGAAAUGUUCACGAUGAUAAAGGGUAUCAAUGAUAGAACCGCAGAGCUGGUGAAAGCUCAGGCUGAUAUGUCUAGUGACAUCAAAUCGAUUAAGUCCAGCCAAGUGGCAAUGGAAUCAAAAGUGUCUGAUAUUAUUAACCGCCUUCAGUCACUGCAAAACAAAACUAAAAACUUAUCUACUAUUGAACAAGAUGUUGCGGCUGUAUAUAAAAUGACUGAUGGACUGGUAGCACAACAAGCAUCAUUCCAAUCCCGGCUUGACGACUUGGAGGACCGUUCAAGGCGGAAUAAUCUCGUACUUCGUGGUGUUCCUGAUGCGCGUGAAACCUGGGAUGAAACGGAAGCGAAAGUCGCGUCUGCUUUAACUACAUCUCUUGGCUGCGAAUUUCCUCGUAACUCUAUUGAACGGGCUCAUCGCUUAGGCACUUUUUCUUCCUCCAAAUGUCGUCCUGUUAUUGUCAAGUUUCUAUCCUACAAAGUUAAAAACAUGGUUUUAGCAUCUCGUUCAAAGCUUAAGCCCAGCAAUAUACAGGUUUCUGAAGAUUUUUCUUCUGCUACACGGCAUGCCAGAAACAAGCUUUUUGAAUUCGGUAAAUCCCUGCCCAACACACCCUUGUUUAAACUACGCUACAACAAACUGUUUGUGAACAACACAUGUUACACUUAUGAUCCCGUGGCAGAUGUUGUGAAGGAACUUGCUAACCCUCCUCCUGAACGCCCUCCCACUGAACCUCACGUCCCUGCUGGCACUACUGGAAAUAGUCAGGCUAACCUGAAUGUCCUUUUGUAGGAUCAAGUGAGGGGAUGUGGUAUUUCUGUCUUGCUUGCC